CUCCCAACAAGAUAUAAAGAAGUUGUGAACAAUAACGCAGUUGUGAGAGCACCGGCUUCCCACUUUAAUUAAUUAUGACCAAAGCAAGUUAUAGAGGAAUCAACGAAAUGGUGCAAAAGCAAAUGGAAAUAAAUACAUCUCACAAUAAGCUAGAUUCAUGCCAUGUUCGUCGGAGCUUUGCGGCGGCGCGGGCCGACCGAGCCAACCUUCAAUCUUGUGGUAGCUACGGAUUCAGUCGAAAGCCUACUGUUGACGAGUUUGUUGCAGUCGGGAGUUUGUGCCUUAAUGAUUUUCUUCAAUCGCACCAUGGAAUACCUGCAAGAGCUUUACACAAAAGUCUCCGGAUAUGUUUACGGCGAUAAUAGCUGUGCAAAUACACCACGCAAAGUUGUUGCUUUUGGUAACGUGCUGCUAGAUCACACCGCGCAGCUUCAGAAUGACGAAACAGAUUUAUUGGAACGCUUUCAAAUACCGGCAGAAUCGAAAGGCGAGUUAGAUGCAGAAACUUUAUCCAAGUUAGCAGCUGAGGCUGCCGAGCGUGUACAAUGUGAAGUGAAUCCCGGCGGUUCCGCUUUGAACACAGUGCGUAUACUCAAACAACUCGGCACAGAUGCGCUUUUCAUUGGUGCUGUUGGUGAAGAUAAAGCGGCAGAGAAGUUGAAAGAGAUUUUACAGGAACGUGAAGUUGAAGUAAGGUGAGAAUGUAGGAAUUCCCAGUUGGCAUACAAAAAGUGUGCGUGACUAAGGGCUAUUAUGUACU